AUGAAGAUGCUCCAAGAUCUAGAGGACGCAAAGGCCAAGAGGAAGAGUCUCAAACCUCAGGUGGAGAAACGCAGACGGGAGAGAAUUAACCGCAGCCUGGAGAACCUGAAGACUCUUCUGCUCCAGCAGCAGGAGCAGCCUCGGCGCAGAGUGGAGAAAGCUGAGAUCCUGGAGCACACUGUCCUCUUCCUCCAGAACACUGUCCAGGCAGACAAGGCGAGAGCUGGGGGUGGAGGUCAGAAACACUCCUUUCAAGACGGUUUCUCCACCUGCCUGCAGAGAGCUACUCAGUUCCUGGGGCCUCAAGGGAAAGGCCUGUGGCUCGGAGGAGCGCUGGACGCAUCGUUCGCCUCUCGCUUCUCCCGUGCAGACGCUGCAUCUGCAGGCAGAAGAGCUGAAGCCCCUCAGUCCUCCUCCAGCUCUUUGCUUCUCAAGAUGUAUCAGUUCUAA